CCCUGCCCCUCCCUCCCUCCCUUUCGCUCUCUCCCGUGAUAUUAAUGACAGCUAUCUCAGGCAGGAGGCAGUCUCCUGCGCUCACUCUCCUGCAGGCUUUUCUCUCACGCUGCUCUCACUCUCUCUGACUGCGUAGCUGAGAAACACUCACUCACUCACUCACUCAAACACACACUAUGAGGCUGGUCCUGCUGUGUGUUUCUGCCUCCACCACUCUUCUGCUGGCAGUCCCAUGGAGCUCCGCAGCAGACCCAGGAGACGGAGCCCAGAGAUGGGAUAAGGUCCAGGAUAAGCCUGCUACAGGAGGGGGUUCAGGGGGCUGCCCUGUGAGGAUGAAGCCUUCUGGCCAGUGUGGAGAAGAGGACGACUGCCCCUAUCAGAUCACCCUGCCUCCACUGACUAUCCAGCUGCCCAAGCAGUUCAGGAUGCUGGAGAAGACCAUGAAGGAGCUGCAGAGCCUGAAGGAGACGGUGAACCGGUUGAAGAGGGACUGCCUGGAGUGCCGGCAGCAGGCUGACCAGAGCCUGCAGAGGGACAGCGGGGAGGCAGCAGGGGGUCCCGGUACGGGGAUGGGACCAGGGUUUCUGGAGCUACAGUCUGGAACCAGUAAGGAGGAACGAGGAGAUGGGGGAACCAACACAGGACCUGAUGGGGCUGGCCAAGACACUGGAACCGGCAUUGGCACUAGCACCGGUUCUGGUACUGGCAAAGGCAGUGGCUCUACCGGCGGUUCUGUGUUUGAGAUGCAGGUGAAGAUGAACAGGAUGUCCAACAGCCUGCGUAACGCACGGGGCCAGAUCACGGCUCUGCAGGGCCGUCUGGAGGAGCUGAGCCUCAUCAACAUGAGGAACGUGGAGGCCAUGGUGGAGAGCAAGGUGGAGAACAUCACUGGAGUGGUCAACAAGCUCAGCAACACCUGCAACAGCCAGUGUGCCGUCCAGACCUCUCCUCAGUGUACGUGUAUUUACUUAUUGCCUUUAUUUAAUUAACCAAAUAGGUUAUUGAGAACAUAUUAUCUUUGACAAUACAUUCUGUAUAACCUUUAACUGAUUUACAAGACCCUCUGCUAUCACUAAGCUAUCAUUAUUCUGUAAACUGCAGAAUAUUGAAAAUAGCCCCUCUAUUAUCUUGUAGAAGCCCCUCAAGUCUCUUGUUAUUGCUAACCUAUUGUUCUCCUCUAAGCUUCAGCCAGACAGACUUAUAAAACCAGGCUUUCCUGCACUGCAUGCAGUACUGUACAGUAUGCCAGUCCUCUCUACUGAGGGUGAGGACUCUGCCGUAUCAGUCUCAAAAGGACAACAGCAGGUUUAACUCCAGAUCAUCACCCUUCAUUUAUGGUCCUAAUUACAUUACUUCCUCACACUUUUUCUUUCAAAACUCAUUGGGAUAUUCUGAUAUUUUGAGUUUGGGAUAUUCUGAUAUUUUGAGUGUGGGAUAUUCUGAUAUUUUGAGUGUGGGAUAUUCUGAUAUUUUGAGUGUGGGAUAUUCUGAUAUUUUGAGUGUGGGAUAUUCUGAUAUUUUGAGUGGUCCUUCCGAUGGAAAGAGAUAUGCAUAUUUUCAUAUGGGCUUAAUAGAAACCAAUUUGCAACUAAUUUGCCUGUCAGUUUCAAUACUGUAUACCACUAAGGUGCUUCAUUUUGGAGAUCUGAAUUGAAAACCCAUGCCCAAUUAUUGAUGGAAUGCAAACUAGUCAUAACAAAGUUACAUUUCCAUCUUGAGGUAACUCUAGGGGACAUAUUUCAGUAGUAAUCAUAUAACAUAUUACAAUCCAUCAAAAUGGAUAUUGAACCAUUCCUAUAGCAUGUGACAACGAUCUCCUCCAUUGGCUAUUAUCUGAAAAACAGAUGUGAGAUCCUUUUGAAAUGGAUCGACUCCGACAGCAGUGCGAUUUCUCCAGCCAGUGUACAUGGGACAGUGUUAACGUGUGGUCAUUUCAGUGUGAACAUUGGGACAGUGUUAACGUGCGGUCAUUUCAGUGUGAACAUUGGGACAGUGUUAACGUGCUGUCAUUUCAGUGUGAACAUUGGGACAGUGUUAACGUGCAGUCAUUUCAGUGUGAACAUUGGGACAGUGUUAACGUGCAGUCAUUUCAGUGUGAACAUUGGGACAGUGUUAAUGUGCAGUCAUUUCAGUGAGAACAUUGGGACAGUGUUAACGUGCAGUCAUUUCAGUGUGAACAUUGGGACAGUGUGAAUGUGUGGUCAUUUCAGUGUGAACAUUGGGACAGUGUUAACGUGCAGUCAUUUCAGUGUGAACAAUGAAGACAGUGUUAAUGUGCAGUCAUUUCAGUGAGAACAUUGGGACAGUAUUAACGUGCGGUCAUUUCAGUGUGAACAUUGGGACAGUGUUAACGUGCAGUCAUUUCAGUGUGAACAUUGGGACAGUGUUAAUGUGCAGUCAUUUCAGUGAGAACAUUGGGACAGUGUUAACGUGCAGUCAUUUCAGUGUGAACAUUGGGACAGUGUGAAUGUGUGGUCAUUUCAGUGUGAACAUUGGGACAGUGUUAAUGUGUGGUCAUUUCAGUGUGAACAUUGGGACAGUGUUAAUGUGCAGUCAUUUCAGUGAGAACAUUGGGACAGUGUUAACGUGCAGUCAUUUCAGUGUGAACAUUGGGACAGUGUGAAUGUGUGGUCAUUUCAGUGUGAACAUUGGGACAGUGUUAAUGUGUGGUCAUUUCAGUGUGAACAACUAACUCCUUUAUUACACUUGCCAUUAACACAAGAUGAUGCAAUUUGUUGCCUUCCGACAGUUGGUCAUCGUUAGAAGAGAACACUGUGUAGAAGUAGAGCUGUGAGGGGAACGGCACCUCCUUACCUUCAGGCUCUGAUCAGACCCUACACCCAAACGAGGGCACUACGUUCAUCCACCUCUGGCCUGCUAGCUCCCCUACCUCUACGAAAGCACAGUUCCCGCUCAGCCCAGUCAAAGCUAUUUGCUGCUCUGGCACCCCAAUGGUGGAACAAGCUCCCCCACGUCGCCAGGACAGCGGAGUCACUGACCACCUUCCGGAGACACUUGAAACCCUACCUCUUUAAGGAAUACCUGGAAUAGUAUAAAGUAAUCCUUCUACCCCCCCACCCCCCCCAACAUAAAAAGAAAAACAAAAUGGUGGUUGUCCCACUGGCUAUCAUAAGGUGAAUGCACCAAUUUGUAAGUCGCUCUGGAUAAGAGCGUCUGCUAAAUGAUGUAAAUGUAAAAGUACUUGUCUUGGAUGAAUCUGUCAUGUUUCUUAUAAGAGCUCUGCAAAUUACUCUGGAUAACAAAAGUGAUUCAUGCUAAGAUUAUGUAGAAACAGGCAACAUAAAGUGUUGCAAUAGGAGUAGAGAGCAUCCAGUAUCAGAGUCCAGUAGUGCUGGUGUGUUCUGUUGGUGACACAUCCUUCUACCGGCCACGUCUCUGUCUUGAUAUGGGAAACUCUCCUCUUGGCUCAACGACAACAGAACGUCAUCAGUCAGACAUCUCACAAUCUCUGUAACGGAUCAUUAAGCCCCAAUUCACAGUUAAACUAAACAGUAUGCUUUCUAUCUCUGAUUGGAUUUGAAGGCAUUUGAGGACAUACAGGGAGGGAGUCUACCUUUGGAGCGUAUAACUGAAUCACGUUCUCUAUUCAUUUAUAAACACUUUUAAGAUUCAUUUAAUGUCCCUAGCCUUUUUCUGUAUGAAUUGAAGGAACUGUUUGCCUGUAAUGUGAGAAUGCACAAGCUCUUCAUUGGGAGGAUGUUAGUUCUAGAUAAGGGUUUUAUCUCUCUGCAUACUUCCUUGAUAAUACAGCUGCUUUUCCGUUGCUGUCAAUCACCUUUAUCAGUCUGCAUGGCUGUCUGUCCAUCUGUCUGUCGGACUGUUAUAUUUGGGUCAGUCACAGCCUGGCGUCCAUAUUCUGAGAACCACUAUCACAUAUGGGCAGACUUUGAUAGGAGUACUGCCCACAAGGGGAUAUAAAGACACACACACACACAUCCUGCCAGGCUAGCUUACUAACUGACUGCUGUGUCAUCCUCUUCUGGCUCUGAUCUGUCCUCUUCUGGCUCUGCUCUGUCCUCUUCUGGCUCUGCUCUGUCCUCUUCUGGCUCUGCUCUGUCCUCUUCUGGCUCUGCUCUGUCCUCUUCUGGCUCUGCUCUGUCCUCUUCUGGCUCUGCUCUGUCCUCUUCUGGCUCUGCUCUGUCCUCUUCUGUGCUCUGCUCUGUCCUUUCCUGGCUCUGCUCUGUCCUCUUCUGGCUCUGCUCUGUCCUCUUCUGGCUCUGCUCUGUCCUCUUCUGGCUCUGCUCUGUCCUCUUCUGGCUCUGCUCUGUCCUCUUCUGGCUCUGCUCUGUCCUCCUUCUGUGCUCUGCUAACUCAACUCCUCUCUCAUGCUUCCUAGGCUCCUAUCCUGAGCAGCCGACUGGCGUCACUUUCCAAAACGCAGGGGGCUCUACGCUCCAAAAGUGGAUGUCAGGAUGCAUUAGCAUCACAAACACAAAGUGGGGACUGGCAGGCUCUCCAGCAGCCUUGGUUAAUCCCAUUUUACACUUUCCCACGUUUUGACAAGUCUGUCCUCCCCUUAUAUCAAAACACUCUGACGGCCGUGGCUCGACUCGCUCGGUCAGCUCUGGGCUGAAAGUCAGUAACAUUCCAUGCAAUGGCCUACUGGGCUGUGAGACUGAGGGAAACAGUGUUUUUUUGACUCCUCUGACACUGACCGUUGACUUUCUCCCUUCCCCCUGCCCCGCCUCUCUCUCUCCCCCUGCCCCGCCUCUCUCUCUCCCCCUCCCCCGUCUCUCUCCUCUCUCUCUCUCUCUCCCUCCCCCGUCGCUCUCUCUCUCUACCCCUUCCCUGCCCCCCCCGUCUCUCUUCUCUCUCUCUCCCCCUGCCCCGUCUCUCUCUCCCUCCCCCUGCCCCGUCUCUCUCUCUCUCUCGGCCUCCCCUGUCUCUCUCUCUCUCUCGCUCUCUGUCUCUCCUCUCUCUCUCUCCCCUGUCUCUCUCCUCUCUCUCCCCCUCGUCUCUCUCCUCUCUCUCUUUCUCUCUCAACCUUCCCCUCCCCCGUCUCUCUCUCUCUCUCGCUCUCUGUCUCUCCUCUCUCUCUCACUCUCCCCCGUCUCUCUCCUCUCAACCUUCCCCUGCCCCGUCUCUCUUCUCUUCGUCUCUACCCCACUUGCCCCGUUCUUCUCUCCCUUCUCUCUCUCUCUCCCUCCCCGUCUCUCUCUCUCUCUCUCUCUCUCCCCCAAACAGUCAUCAUCGCGCCCAAGGACUGCUCUGACUACAACAUGCUAAAGGAGAGGAAGAACGGCGUCUACCGGGUCACGCCCGACCCCAGGAACGGCACGUUCGAGGUCUACUGCGACAUGGAGUCGUUCGGCGGCGGCUGGACCCUGGUGCAGCAGCGCCUCAACGGCACCGUCAGCUUCAACCGCUCCUGGGCUGAGUACAAGGUUAAUAAUCCCAUCUGACACUUUUUGACAAGUCUGUUACCUUUAUUUCUCAAACUCUUUGACAGACCGUGGCGCUACUCGCCAGGUCACCACUCUGGGCUGAAAGUCAGUAACAUUCCAUGCAAUGGCCUGGUGGCCUGUGAGAAUCAGGGAAAACAGGGAUUGCGUCCCAAAUGGCACCCUAUUCCCUAUAUAGUGCACUACUUUAGACCAGAACCUAUGUAGGGAAUAGGGUGCCAUUUGGGACAGAUUCGACUCCUCUGACACUGACCUUUACCGCUCUCUCUCUCUCUCUCUCUCUCUCUCUCUCUCUCUCUCUCUCUCUCUCUCUCUCUCUCUCUCUCUCUCUCUCUCUCUCUCUCUCUCUCCAGAGGGGCUUUGGUAACCCACGGGGAGAGUUCUGGUUGGGCAACGACCGCAUCCACCUCCUGACCAAGGCCAAGGACAUGGUGCUGCGCAUCGAACUGGAGGACUUCCAAGGGGUGCGGGAGUAUGCCAAGUUCGACCAGUUCUACGUGGCCAACGAGUUCCUGAGGUAUCGUUUAUCCAUCAGCGGGUACAGUGGCACGGCCGGCAACGCGCUGCACAUGAACAAGCAGUUCAACCACGACCAGAAGUUCUUCACCACACCAGAUAGGGACAACGACAUGUACCCGUCAGGGAACUGCGGGGCGUACUACAGCUCGGGGUGGUGGUUUGACGCCUGCAUGUCAGCCAAUCUCAAUGGGAAAUACUAUCACAAGAGAUACAAGGGCGUGAGGAACGGCAUCUACUGGGGAACGUGGCACAACAUGUCCAGUGAAGCAUACCCUACCAACUACAGGCAGGCCUUCAAGACGGUCAAAAUGAUGAUACGGCCAAAGAACUACGUUCCGUAAAGGAAGGCAGCAUGAGAUCGGAAACGACCGGAAAGAUCAGAAAGACUUUCUUCUUCUUAACUCUCUGCUCCUUUGACCUCUCUGCCUCCCACUGUCAAGUUUAACCACAUGGUUCAGAGACGGUCUGAGACACUUCGGUUCACGGUAAUAAAACAGCAAUGAAUUCUUCAAAGUUACCAGUUUCACCGCUGUAAACAAGGUUGGAAAAGACUCCACCGAAGACAAAUGUAUGAUAUCACAGUCAUAGUAAAUGUCAGACAUGUCUGGCUAUCGAUUAAACAACAUAAUAUGGAACAUGUGCUACUGAACUAAUAACAGCAACAAAAUGGCGUCAGAUAUGUUUGCUUUGUGCAGAAUAAUUGCAUUGGUUGACUGCAGGCACUGCAACUGUUUCCAGACAUCUGUAUAUCCCAAGCGUUUCCUGUAUAAUACUGCCACCUAGCUUUAUAUCAUAACAUUGCAUCCUCAUCUAGACAUGCUGAGCAGCAUUGGAAAACAAAAGUCCCCAAGAUCAAGGAGGAAAUGUACAGUAUUUAUUUUUGGAAGUAUGAUAGCUUUUAUAUAACUAAUAUAUGGACUGUAUUUUCAUGCAGUACAUAGUGAUUGCCUAAGAUAAGUACCCCAAAAAAGUAUUGUAUUCUGAAUAAAAAGCAUUGUAUUGGGGUUGGGAAGUUGACCACAGAGAAGUUUAAAACUAGAAUAUGGAUUAUUUGGACUUGUAUGAAACGGUUUAAAGUGUAGGCCUAUUUGAAUAGAAUAAUUGAUUAUGUAGCUUGACAUUUAGAACUGUAUUUACAUUAGACCUGUUUUAUUCACCUUCCAUUGUCCUAUUCAAAAAAGUAUUUACUUUUUAUAUAAAAACACGAA